CCACAGCCAGAGUCUAACUCAGCCCAUGUCGAAGAUGCCAACCACGAAGAGACUGAUGUGUGCGGCCCAGAAGAAGCUGCCCGUCGUCUGGAAGUCGAAGCUCACGAACGAGAGCUCGACGAGCAAAUCCGCACAGAGUUAGAGGCCCAAGAACGCGAGGCUAUAUGGCGUCGCCGAUUGCAAGCCGAGAGUAUCAACAACAACCCCCAAACUUCUCAGGCACCAUCCCAAACACCGCCCCUCGUCAUUGGCGCACCACUAGGCAAGAAUCUCACCGUCGUAGAAGCCGCACGCCGCCUCGUCAAGCAAUGGGAAGCAAUCUACGAGUCUACACUCUCAUCAUGCCCAGACGCCGCCGGCCCCAUUCUCGAAGAACUAACACAAGCCCGCGCCCGGCUCGAUACCCUCGUAGCCCACCAACAACAACAUCAUGGAGAAAACACACAAAUCCCCCUCCUAGACGAAGACCCAACAACAACACCACUCAACUCGCUCCAAGCACACAAGGACCAAGCCAUCGCUUCCAGAGUCAAAUUUCUCACAGACUCCCUCCCAGACUCCUCCUUCCCGCCCGAGCGCGCCAACAUCACCGCCGCAAUCUCCCUCUACAGCGCCUCCCGCAUCCCCUACUCGGCCAACUGGGCCCUCAUCUACGCCGGCCACCUCGUCGACUCUGCGCCGAACUACGCCUCCUUCACCGCCGACCGCGCCGCUCGCCUGGCCCGCUACAACCGCCUCCACGGCGAAGGAUGGCUCUGGAUCGAGCCGCCCCUGACUCGUAAUGCCGGCGGCGGUCCCUCGCCCUUCUUCUCCGCGCGCAAGAGCACGUUUCUCCCCGAAACGGACUCGACGUACGACAUGGGUCACUACAGCGUCACCAUGUCGUUCCGCAGGAUGAAGUCCUUCGCGUAUUGCGGCGCGGAGCCGCUGCUGAGAAGCAUGGCUGUAUCUAAGAAAAGGAAGCACGAGGAGUGUAACGACAACGACGAGGAGGCGGCGAUGGUGAACUUGAAAGACUGGCCAGUCGUCGCCGAAAACGAAGACUACGACGACCUCGACGCCGCUUCAGACUCGGACCUACCGUGCUUCCCUCCCCGUAUAAAGCCGCCAUCCGCCCUCCGCCGCAACCGUCCCUCGCGCCACCCACACAUGGCCCGCGAUCCCGCCGCGCCAACCCUCCACUUCCGCACCCUUCUCGACAGCGGCGCCACGCUGCCGAUGCUCUACAACCGCGACGCCCGUGCUCUGGGCAUCGAGCGCGGCUUCUACGCCGCCGUCUCUCGC